AUGUCCAUUUCUUCCAUCUCAGGAGGAAUCCAGGAGGCCAGAAUAGUGCAAGGGGCUUGGGAAUGCAAGCACCUGGGCUCAGAUUCUGGCUUUGCCUAUAAAGUCAGCUUCACUCAGAGUCUUAGUUCCCUCAUCUGUGUUGAUAGGAAUAGUAACGCCCCCACUUUCAUUGUGGAGAGAUUCAGUGGGUUCAUAGAAGAUAGAAUAAUAUGGUGGACUAAUGAUAGCACACUCCCUGGGUUCAUUUUGGUAGGCUUCUCUGACCGGCCUCAGUUAGAGCUGGUUCUCUUUGGGAUAAUCUUUUUUCUUUACCUGAUGACACUCCUAGGCAAUACCACUAUCAUCCUAGUAUCCCUCUUGGACUCUAAACUGCACACUCCCAUGUACUUUUUUCUCUCCCAUCUCUCCUUCCUCGACCUCUGUUUCACCAGCAGCAUUAUUCCUCAGCUUCUAGUCAACCUGGGUGGUUCAGAUAAGUCCAUCACUUAUGGUGGCUGUGUGGUUCAGCUCUAUGUCUCUCUUGCCCUGGGAUCCACAGAGUGUGUCCUCCUGGCUGUGAUGUCCUAUGAUUGCUACAUUGCUGUCUGCCAUCCUCUACAUUAUGCCUUUGCCAUGCACCCUGGACUCUGUCACAUCCUGGCAUCUGUGGCAUGGCUCAGUGGGGUGGCCACCACCCUCAUACAGUCCACUUUCACCUUGCAGCUGCCUUUCUGUGGGCAUUGCCAAGUGGAUCAUUUUUUCUGUGAGGUCCCUGUGCUCAUCAAGUUGGCUUGUGUGGACACCACUUUCAACCAGGCAGAGCUCUUCGUGGCUAGUGUUUUAUUCCUGGUGGUGCCUUUGUCACUCAUCCUGAUCUCCUAUUGGCACAUUGCCCUAGCAGUUCUGAAGAUCAAGUCAGCCAUUGGACGGCACAAAGCAUUUGGGACCUGCUUCUCCCACCUGAUGGUUGUCAUAAUCUUCUAUGGAACCAUCAUCUUCAUGUAUCUGCAGCCAGCCAAGAGUAGAUCCAAGGACCAGGGAAAGUUUGUUUCCCUCUUUUACACCGUGGUGACCCCCAUACUAAACCCCCUCAUCUACACCCUGAGAAACAAGGAAGUGAAGGCAGCACUGAAAAAAAUUCUUGGGAGAACUUUGACUUAG